AUGCUUUCUAAUCAAGUUUCUCCGAUCUCUCAUUCACAAUCUGAUCAGCCUAAUCCACCACAAACAACUGAUAGCCCAUCAGAAAUACGCUGUGAAUACUGUCAACGAAAAUGGAAGAAGAUUCUUUUGACAAGUCUAGCAACAGCACUAAUGAUGACCAUAUGCGUUAUCGUUUCAAUAAUUAUGGCAAAGAAACAUUCAGAUCUAUUGGUUACUGUAGCAAGACGGACAACAACAACAAGUGUUACGGCAACAACUUCUACGACGAUAACAACAAUAAGUGUUACGACAACAACUGCUACGACGACAACCACUACAACCAUGUUCACGAAAGGAUGGAUAACGGCAGCAAAACUAAACAUCAAUCGGCAUCAGCAUACUGCAACUGUAUUGCAAAAUGGACAAGUAUUGAUCACCGGUGGACGCAGUGAGAAAGGAGUUCUUCGCGAAUGUGAACUAUAUGAUCCAUUAAGAGAUCGAUGGACACUCGUUGCAAACAUGUCUGCCCCAAGGAAUUAUCACACCGCAUCUUUGUUAACUAAUGGUUUGGUGCUGGUGACUGGUGGUGAAAAUUCUGAUGGAUUUCUCUCGACUGCUGAACUGUAUGAUGCAUCAGUGAAUACGUGGACAAACACACGAAGCAUGAUCUAUCACCGAUAUCAACACAAAGCCACUGUGCUGCAGAAUGGAAAAGUGCUCGUUACAGGUGGCUGGCACAAAGAAAGAGGGAAUCUGGAUAAUCAUGAACUAUACGAUCCUCAGACAGGUGUUUGGACAGCUACUCAAAACAUGAACUGUGCUCGUGUAUAUCAUCAGGCAUCGUUGUUAACAAAUGGAAAAGUACUAAUCACUGGUGGAGUCGGUUCUUGCUCCAUAGGUACGUCCGGAAAGACGAGUGAGUUGUAUGAUCCGAAAGCAGGCGCAUGGAUAAAAACAAAUGACAUGAACUUUGACCGCCAUGAGCAUACAGCAACUGUCCUUCAAGAUGGAAGAGUACUGAUAACUGGUGGAUCUAGUGUAGUCGGAGUGACGUGGAACUCUGCUGAAUUGUUCAACCCAUUGACGAAUCAAUGGAACGCAACACGUAGUGUGAACACCCCACGCUCUUAUCAUACAGCAUCUUUACUGACUAGUGGAAAAGUCUUAGUCGUUGGCGGAUUCUCCGGUGCCUCUUCAGACAGGGCUGAACUGUACGAUCCAUCUACCGGCACUUGGACGGCCACUGGUAACAUGAAAUAUCGGCGCUCUUAUCAUACAGCAUCUUUACUGACUAGUGGAAAAGUCUUGGCUGUUGGCGGAUCUCUCAGUUCUCGUGAUGGAAUUACAGAAAUAUACUAG